CAUCAACAUUAUCAUCAUAAUGGCUUUAUCCAUUCUUCAUCCAUCAUCCCAAGCUCUCUCCAAUGGCGCCCAACCCCCAUUCAUAUUCCAGUCCCGGAAACACGCCGUCGACAAACCGCCGCCGGCCGCCCCGUCGGAGAAUUUCACGCAAGAUAUUCUGGAUGCGCACAACCGGCUGCGGGCGUCGGUGGGCGUGCCGCCGGUGACGUGGAACGCCACGGUGGCGGCGUUCGCCGCCUCGUACGCCGCCAAGAGGGCGGCGGCGGACUGCAAGCUGGUGCACUCCGGCGUGGCGGAGUACGGGGAGAACAUCGCGUACGGGUACGGGGACGACUUCGUCCCCGUGAAGGCGUGCAUGAAGUACUGGGUGGAGGACGAGCGGCCGUACUACGACCACUCGUCCAACACUUGCGCCGCCGGCAAGGAGUGCCGCCACUACACGCAGAUGUUGUGGCGGAACACCACCAGCAUCGGCUGCGCCAAGUCGGCGUGCCGGAACGGUUGGACGUUUAUUUCGUGCAACUAUUACCCUCCGGGCAAUUAUGUAGGGGAACGUCCUUAUUAGUUAAUUAAGGUCUAAUUAAGGACCUCUCGAGUGUAAUUAAUAUUAAUUGAUGUCAAAUAUUUGAUCAAUAUUUUGAUAUUGUAACAUUUAUUCACGUAUUAUUAUACUUCGUCCAUCGUGAAUAUUCUUUUUAUUUGACUUUUUCUUUGUCAAAGUUUAUUUUGAUUAUGACAUACAGAUAAAACAUACGAAGUAUUGUUUUAUGAUAUAAAUUUAAUACCAAUGUAUUACAAUUGCAUCAAAAUUCUCGCUUUUUAUUUUUGAGUUUAAAAUUGUCAAUUUAGCAUUAAUUGAGUGGAUACAACCAAAAUGACGAUGAAUAUAGCAAUACCUUGAAU